AUGGUUUUUGUAGGCGAUAAGAAAUACGCAUGUGAAACAUGCAUAAAAGGUCACCGGUCGUCAUCAUGCAAACACACCGAUCGACCUCUCUACGAAAUCAAGAAGAAGGGCCGCCCCGUUACCCAAUGCGAACAUUGCCGCGAGCUCCGGAAGACCAAGCAAGUGCACGUCAAGUGCAUGUGUGGAUCGAAGGAGAGGGAGGACGGAGAGGGGGCAUCAGCGUCUAGGAGUGUCAAGGUUCCGGCUAACGCCACAUUUCCCAGUGGCUUGCCAGAAGAGCUGGAGGCGUCGGUCGCAUUUCAUCUUGGAUCAGACGGCUCGGAUUCUGACCACAGUGGACAUGGUUCGUCAGGCCCGUGCAAUUGCAAAGAUGGCGCGUCGUGUGAUUGUUGCACACCUCGUGUUCCCCGCGGUCAGCGUUUGAUCAGAGACCGCGAUCGUCGUGAAAGCCGUGGCAGUCUGGAGGGCAUCAAGUCUCCGCCCACCGCUGAUUCUGAGCCGCAGAUCACACAGCCCGCUGGACUCGUCGUCACUGCCAACUCAGGAGAAUAUCGUCCAGUCCUGCCUCGUCCUGUCCCGCAGCGUCAGUCUUCGCCUCCGAAGGCUGUUGAACACGCUGGAUCUGUCGCUAUGAAGACGACGAUGGUUCGCAAUCAGAGUCAUGGGCAGAUGUUCUAUAGCCCUUAUGGCCGGGCAUACGAAUUCACCCGUUCAGCCGACUACGUUUCCGAGCCAUCAACCUCUCAGCGAAUGUUACAGCAAGAACUCUCAGGCACAAGCUCCCCUUAUACCGACCAACAGCCCGCUGUCAUGUCAGACUCGAUGCCCUCCUGGUUUCCAUCGUUUAGUGUCUCCACUCCCGGCGGAACUACCGUGCCCACGACGUUGUGUGGCUGUGGUUCGUCCUGCGCUUGUGCAGGAUGCGCCAUCCACCGCGGACCAAACGUCGACACCGGUGCUUCGUGCGCCAAUCCGGGUGCUUGUAUGGGUUGUCUCGACUGUGCCAUACUCUCUAUACCCGCAUCUGUUCCUCCCGAUUCCGUGGAGGGUCAGCAGGAAGCUUCGCAGCUUCAAGCCAUCGACGACUGGAUCCGCCAGGUGUCCUCCAUGCUCGGGUCGGCCUCCGCCUCUAGCCAGCCCGAGCCAUCCCUCCGUGUCAUACCUGACGAGGGUACAGGGCGCACGAACGACGCCGGCCUGCGUUUUGAUCCGAGCAUGCUGCAGACCUAUGCGCUCUGGAACGAGCUACAGAACGGGCAGUUGCAGGGCCAGCCUGCUCAGCGAGCGCCGGAGGAGUGCUGCAGCGGUCGCUGCAAGUGCCCCGCGGGCCUGUGCUCGUGCUCAGCGGACUGCUGCGGUUGCUGCCAGGGCUGCGACUGUGCCGAGUGCCCGCACGAGGAGAAUCCCAACAGGAUGCUUACGUUCGCCAUAUCUGGCGAGCGCUCGCCGUGCUGUGGUGGCGCUGACCAGGCGCAUCUUACGCCGCGUUCCCCAGUCGCAGUUGUGCCGGGAUGGAGCGGUCAGUCGCUUACCGUCCCGCGUACGUCUCUGAGUCGCGCGUCGUCUUCGUCAUCGCACUCGUCAAGCCAUCAGUCGUACUCGUCUACACCGGGGUCUGUCCAUGAUGGUGCGGCGUCGCAAAGCGAGGACGUGCAUGCCCUCCGUUCGUCAUUGCGGAUGAUGAACACAGACAUGGAUAUGGACAUGGAUGUCAACAUGCAUGUGCCUGCGUCACAGAUGAACUCUCCGUCGCCAAUUCCUAUACCAUCUACCGAUCCUGAUCAUCGGACUAGUUCUGGUUCUGUAGAGUACGGUGUGGGUCCUGGUAUUGUACGGAUGUUCUAG